AUGUGUCACGUGCCUGUUGCGGAGAUUCGGAGGUGUGAGCGAGCGACCGCAUGCCUCAAAGCCGGAGCCCGAGACUCUCUCAAAUGUGCUCAGCAGGCGCCCCGGAGCAAGCGCAGGCUUCAUUCGACAUUCUGGGCUCAUGGCGCUGGCGGCCUCGACUUGCCCCCGUGGGCAGUGUCCAUGCCUCCAACACCUACCGAUUUGCCUCUGAAGGACGAUAGCACUGGCGCAAAGCAAACGUCAUGCUCACGGAGUCCUCCUUGUUCCAUAUUGCCUCACGAUGGCGUUUUCCUCGACUUCUUGUAUCCUCCCCAAGCAUUGGCGUGGCUCCACCGGUCUCAGGCACAAUGCUGCGAGAGAUGGGAGAGGAGGAACGCAAGAAGAUUGCCGGAAGGGUUUGUUCAAGUACCAAGGGGAUACUCCGUCAGAUCGUACGCGAACGCGUCUGCAGCGGCUGUCAAAGGUCAAAAACAAGACAAGAGCAAGAAUCCAUUGAAUGGCGUGGCUGGCAUCAAUGGAAUCGAUGCGGUUGAGGAGCAUACGGACCUGCAUGAUAAUGCGCAAGCACAAGCGGACCAUUCAGUAAACAGCCUUGUCAGACAAGAACCCUCUGAUGGGCAAUACAGCACAGGACCGGGACCCGACCCCGACGAGUUCGCGGAUACUCCAGGAGAGCUUGCCGAAUCAGCAGUAGACGAGCCCGUCGUUGAUCCUUACAAAGCUUUGCGCGACUUGAUGGCCGGUCGGCGAGCGACUCGGGGAACAGAUACGACAGGCCAGGCCUGGACUCUUUACAUGUCGCUCAACGACGAAGAGAAGCAGGACACAAGUCUCAAGACUCGAUUGUUGAUGUUCUUCGCUGCACAGGGAAACGAUGUGGCUGAUGCGCACUGCAUUUCUCUCUACUACGCAAUCCCGUUGAAGGACAGACAGCUACCUAUCUACCAGGCCACUUUGACAGCUUUCCUCCGGCGGAAAGAUGUUGAAUUUGCGUUAGGGCUGCAUAAAGAGGCCUUGGUAAAUACCCGAAACGGCCAUCACAUUUCGAAAGAGCUUUUCAAACAUGCAGUCGAGCGUGGCCUUUGGAACAUCCUGCUCCAAGUCGAGCAUCACCACGUCGAGGCAUGUGAAGAAUCCGGGCAAAAGAGCCAGCUAGACAUGUUCUGGCUGAGCGUUUCAGAAACGCCGGACCUGCUCGAUGCGUCGACGCGUCUGUUCAACAAAAUAUGCCAAUGGCGCAACCGGAAGAUCAAAUCGGACGAGCAAAUGGAACCUUACGAGAUCCUUUGCGCCAAACUGUCCGAGGAGGCUCUUUGGCAGGUUCUGCAAGCCCCGUGGCACGAGUACAUACCCAGCAAGAACAAGAAGCUCUAUGAUCUAUUUCUUGCAAUUAGGCAAUGGAACCCCAAAGCGCCAAAAAUUCUCGAGGAAGCGAUGACGUCCCUGCUUGGACAACUGAUCAGUGAGGACCAUUAUGCCAAGGCGUACAACGCUGUUUCUUAUCUUUACAAGAGCUAUCGACAGUGCGGUAUACCCCGUGUACCUGAGUGGAUGCUCCUUUCCCUGUUGCAGAGAACGGUCCUGUAUGCGGGGAGCUUGCGGACAUUGAAAGACCAAAAGCAUACCAUCAGCGUGCCUUCACUUGUCUUUGAUUGGGAGAAAGACCACGGUAAACUCAGCGCUGCUGGCAUCCAUGCACUUAUGUCGUUUUACGCCAGAACAGGCAUGCCGAAUGAACUUGAGGAAUGGUACGAUCGAUUGUGCCAACUCUACCCAGAUUUCAGUCAUCGAAAGGACGUGCUUUGGACGCUGAUUUACGUACAUGCACGGAGAGCCGAUAUUCGCAAAGCCACGGAAACAUUCAAGGAUGUUGAGAGAACGGCCAAAUCAAACGGGGAAGAAGUACAGCUCAAAUGCUGGAACACAUUGAUCCAUGCUUACGCCCGCGUGGAUGAUCUUGAAGGGGCUCUGUCCACCAUGAAGGAACUGAUGGCUACAGGCAUUAGGCCCGAUGCAUACUCCAUGCAACCAAUCGCCGAGCUUCUUGCCCGGCGCGGUGACGUUGAAGGGGUGGAAGAUGUAUUGGAGCAAUCUGACGCGCUCGUCGAGGGAGAGCGCUCAGCGCCAUUGAUCUCCAGCUACAUACAAGCUCUGGUAAACAAUGACCAGCUUGAACGGGCCACUCAGGUCCUCGAAGAGACUAUCGAGCAAAUGAAGGCGGGCGAAGUCUAUGGCUCGCUCACGCCCUGCUUCAACAUUCUGAUGACGACGUACGCGCUUCGGCGAGACCUUGCUGGGACAAUGAAAGUCUAUCGAUGGAUGCAGGCGAACAGUACCCGCACGAACGCAUUAACUUAUAGCGCGCUGAUGCAAGCGCUCAUUCAUCUUCGACAAACAGUCGGUGCCAGAAAGAUCCUGACUUCCGUGAUGCCGAAAUUGGGGCUUCGGCCUACCGGCUUGCAUUAUGCCAUCAUCAUUGCUGGGUUUUCCAAUCAGGGAAUGUAUCAAGAGGCGGUUGACUUCUACACCAAAAUGCGCCACCACAACAUCAGACCAACCUUGGCAACUCAAAGGACUUCCUUAAAAGCUAAGGCUUUGCUCGAGCAGAAGCUGAAAAGGCUCUCUGGCGAGUCUGACGAGGCAGCGCCUCUCCAGGAGGUGAUUGCGGAUCUACAAGCCGCAGUAGAAUCUCGUGAUGGAUCUGACAUCACAUCCAAAGACCCUGGAUUCGGUUAUGCCUCGUACGACCUGGGACGAGCCUCAGCUGUCUACAUCGAUACUGUCAUGUACAUCCACGGAACUCGUAGAUGCCUGGAGGCCGUGGCUGAGAUGUUCCGCCUCUACAGGGAGCAGCACCCGGAUCAAGCGCAAGAACCGCCACCAAUGCGAAUACUCACUGCUCUUAUGAACGCGCUUUUACACGCGAAAGAGUACGCACAGGUGGAGCUCUACUGGGAACUGGCAAAGCAGCAAGCCGAUUUAAUCGCGCCCAGCCAGACUGUUCCAGACUUUGCACCACCCACAACUACUCCUCAGAUCUCAGAACCUGAGAGGUCCGAUGGGGACACCGCAGAGAUAGGCUUUUCGUCCGCACGCGAGACAACAGCAGCUCAACCACCUCAGAUCAUCCGUACCAAGUCAACGCCGAAUGUCGGACCAAAGCCAGCAUCAGCUCGCAGAUACAUUCUCACCAAUGCGUUUCGUCAUUACAUUGAUAGCUUGUCUCGAACAAAUCGCGCUGUUGACAUGGUCACGGUCUGCACAAGAUUACUCAGCCAAGGCUAUCGUCUGGACAAUCAUGCCUGGAACAAGUUAAUUGAGCGUCUCUGCACGGCAUCUCCGCCGCUUGUCCUCCUGGCAUUCACACUCACAGAGCGCUUCCUCAUCGCUGAGUUCCCUGGCUGGGAACGAUGGUCCAGUACCAAGUUCACUCCCAAGCCUUCAGCGCGAGCCCAGCGGCUGCAACACAUUCGCGCGAGAUACUUGCCACCCGAUGCGCUCAUGCCGCAAUACCAUACCAUGGUGCGUCUUGCAGCCGCAUAUAUCAAUUUGCGCCGCACCGAAGCAAAUUGGGGCACAAACCCCAGGCGCAGCCGAGAUCAGAUGCAGCGUUUGGUGGGCAGUAUCCAAGAGGUACGCGCACGAGCCCCGACUACCCUGGCGGCUGUUCAAAACAUGCCGCAGGUCAACGAUCAAGUGCAGGGCAGGCUUCUCAACUCCUGA